GUCCACCGUCAUACUUUGCUACCUUAGACAGGCGCCUGUCGAAAGGGUAUCUUUCGCAGUGCAAAAGUGACCGCCUAAGUUAUUAGGCACCCAAACAUAUCCUCACCUUGAUAUUCUUUUCAGGUGGAGUCGUCCUGCUAAUUGGAAGAACACCCCAUAUAUCUUUUUUGUACUUAUUUUGAAGACCAUGCGGUCAUUUUUCAAGAGGCCUUCGUGGGCAACAAGGGGAGGUGACGAUCUGGACUCUAAUGAUUUCUACCGUCGCGCUGGCCAGACGUACGCAGACAUUGUUGCUGCAAGUAAGGAAGCUCGAGAUAGUCCACUAUGUCGUUCUGGCAGUCUUACUACAGAGGACGGUAAGGUUUGUAAGCGUCGACACAUCUCACAGGAACCGCUGUCAAGAGAAACCGCGUCCCGAGUUCUUCCUGGCGACAGCCAAGAGAAAAGCGAUAUACAAGGCGGAUCUCCAUCCAGCUUUGAUUCCUGCAAGACCCCAUCAGACAUAGGUGAUCGUAAUGACUGCCGGACGCCCGUGCAAUUGCCAACAGAGAAAGUUAGCGCUGCUGGCUCGAAAGCUGAUUCCAUGAACACUAGGGGUAUUCGGCCCUACCCAAGUACCAAUGCAGAAAUAGCCAAGACGAUAAUGGCAAUCGGCAAGACCCCUGUUUCUUGUGAUGCUCGAAAGAAUCAGGGAAAAGUUGCAAUCCACACAGAUCAACAUCCUGAUUCUAUGGAAUAUGAUGCGGUUGUUCAGAUUCUUAUCACCUCCAAAAUCGAAAGCACGAAGCCGUUGAUAAUCCACCGAAAAAUGUCUCAGUCACUAAGAGAUGUUCGUCUUGCAUGGUGCAACCGUCAGAGCAUACCGAAAGAGAUGCAGUCAUCCAUACUCCUGACUUGGAAGGGCAGGAGGUUAUUUGAUGUCACAACAUGCAGGAGCUUGGGACUUAGCGUGCCAAAAGGCCUCGCUGACAGUUCAAUUUAUGGCGAUCGUGUUCAUCAUGGCAGCAAAGAAGACAUCCGUAUUCACAUGGAAGCUGUUAUCGAAGACAAUGUAAUGUCAACGGAUGAUUGGCAGGCUUCGCAUGAAAGUUAUUCUGCAUUGGCCCAAGAGUCUACCGCAACUGAUGGCAGCAGCAGGCUUCCAUCAACAAGGGUCGUUUUGAAGUGCCCAAGGGCCGGCGACAUGGAAUUAAAUGUUAAUUCAAGAAUGCAAAUCUCGCGACUUGUCACUAUCUUUCGUGAUACAAAAGAAAUACCGGAAAAUCUGGAAGUGUACCUAGUGUUCGAUGGUGAUCGGUUAGAUCCCAGUUCUUGCCUGUCUAUGUAUGACAUGGUAGAUGGCGACCUCGUGGAUGUCGUGAUCAAAUGAAUUGUGGAAUGCUGUGGACGCCUUUCUCCCUUUGUUUACUCAUUGAAGUGAACAGGGCUUGUUCUAAUGGGUGGUCAACAGACCGUUUCUUCUACCCGUGUAAUAAUGUAUAUGAUAGGUUUUAUUGGCUUGAAACUAGGCCAUGCUAGAUGCAUAAUGUUCGAUAGCUGAAAUGAGACGAGGUAAAU